CAAGGACCUCCUGGUCCUCCUGGAAUCAAUGGAUACCCUGGUCAGAAUGGGUACAAUGGAGAAAAGGGGGAGAAAGGAGAGCAAGGAGAACAAGGUCCUCCAGGACUUCCUGGGCUGAAAGGCAUUCCAGGAAAGCACGGGCCAAUCGGCCCUAAAGGUGAAAGAGGAGCACCAGGCCCUCCUGGCCUUCCUGGGUCACGCCCAACACAACAGAAAUCUGCAUUUGCGGCACAUCUGGGGGAAAAUUAUCCUGAGGCAAGCCAUCCCAUUGUGUUCCACAACAUCAUCUACAAUGAACAGCAACAUUUUGAUGUGGAUUCAGGAAUCUUCACCUGUCAAAUCCCAGGAGUAUAUUUCUUUGGCUACAGCAUGGAAGUAUAUAAGAAUUCCAAUAUUCUACUGAUGAAAAAUGGUCAACAGGUGAUAGGAACCUAUCAGCUUACCUCAGAUGUUUAUGAAAACCUAUCCGGAAGUACAAUCCUUAAAUUGGAGAAUGGGGACAGGGUGUGGUUAGAAGUGAAACCAGAUUAUAAUGGGGUAACACACACUAGUUACUUUUUGGGUUACCUUGUAUUUCCGUCUUAGAUUAUGCAGUCUCCUAAAUCCUGACACAAUGUUAUGGGGUUUCUCUUGUAAGUGUUUGGCCAACUGAUUUGUGAAUCAAUUUAGCCUUAUUCAAGCAUUCAGAGACUCAUGUGAGGAGAGGAAGGUGAGGAUGUGUUUGCUCGCCCUGCCCCCCUCAAAUGCUUCAUCACCCUCAACACAUUCGAGGGUGAUGGAGAGUCUGCUGUAUGCAUGUGCGUUCCCUGUGCCAUUUAGAACCCUGACCAUUCAAGGGUUCUAGAUGACUCAAGAGUUCUAAAUCAUUCAAGAAUUCUAAAUCGUGCCUACAUGCAGACAGCAGGCUUGCUGAAGACAUUCACCCUCCAAUGCAUGGAGGGUGGAGGGGCUAAGCAAAGGGACAUUCCAGAAGGAAGGGGGCAAUGAUUGCACCCCCUCUCCUCUUAUGCAAUUCUAGCUGCAUAAGGGCUAAAAUGCCUGAACAAGGCUUUUGUCUAGAUGUUAAUUGCACGGUGUGGGUUACCUUUUUG